GCCCCUUCUCUCCUUUGCCACGUACGGGUGGCGGCGGCCGUGUCCGGCUUCGGAAAGCCCCUGGGCCUCCACCGGCGGGACCACGCGGGAGCAAGAGUAAGAGAGCGGGCACAACCGCUUCCUUUCCCCUCGUCGCCCCGGGGUCAGCCGCUGCGGGGCGGGUGAGGGCGGCGACAGGGGCGUUGGGCCGGGGGGCUCCGGGACUCCGCGGCCCCUGGCGAAAGGGCUGGGAGACCCCUCGCGUCCCCCCGGCCGCGCCUCAGGGAGGCCCCGGCCCGCGCCCGGCCGCGGCGGCUGGCGGGCCUUCCAUCGGCGGGCCCCGCUCCUUGCACCGGGCCUGCCUCGCUGCGGCUGGGGAGUAGUGAUCCAUCUAGCUGUGUCACGUUGUGGGGAGGGAAGCCGGAAUGCCGUGCGAUUCUGUGCUCGAAACGUUUCGGGUAGUUUUCUGCGACGGCUGCAAGCAGGUGCAGUGUUGGGAGUCUCCUUUCUUUCACCCCAAGCCAAGCGGAGAACACUUGGGCAUAAAAAUAAGUGCUUUUCAGUGUUUUUCUGUUAUCUUUUCUUACUGCCUGCUAGACGUGCAGUGUAUUUCUGUGCGUGAUGUUGGUGAGUAAGACAAUGUAAUGAUGUAAGUAUGUUACAGCAGCAAGCUUCCUUGCACAAAGAUACAGGUGAUGCAUUCCAAAGGCCACAGCUGCUCAGGUGUGUCCCCUGAAACGUGGCUGCAGAAUGACUGAUGAGGUUCUGUUCUUACAGUUGUCAGUUUUGAAGUGAACUGCACUGUAAUGCUAAAGAAGCCAAACCAGUGCCCAGCAGUGAUGUUUAAACCACGUGAGGUGCAAGCUAAGUGCACUCUCGUAAUCCACUUGUAGAUUGUACUUGGAGCUGCAGCAAGAUCAGGGCAAGAGUGGCCCCAUCUCUGUGUGUUACUCAUUUCACAAAGUGUGUGUGAGGAGUCAAAAAGGCAGUGUCUUCGUGUUCGCCUGCCUGGUGUGUCACCACAGCCUUAUCCUCUCACUGUUAGCAGUGAGCGCAGCCCUUUGCAGAGGUGGAUGUUUCAUGCUAGGGAGGAAGAAGGGGAGCAGUCACCAGACUAAAGAACUGGGGAAGGGCUUUUCAAGCUUUACCACGCUGAGCUGGAAGAAGAAAGCUGGGAAGACCACUUUCAUAGGGCUUCCUGUUUUCUGCCACUGAUAGUGCAUGGCGGCUUAUCCUAACUCUGGCCUGAAGUGAGGUGGGAAAUUUGUCCAGUAACCAACAUCAGUAAGACAGACAAGGUCUGGAGGUGACAAAGAAUCCACCAUGAAUGGGCAGCUGGACUUAAGUGGGAAGCUGAUCAUAAAAGCUCAGCUUGGUGAGGACAUUAGGAGAAUUCCUAUCCACAAUGAGGAUAUCACCUAUGAUGAGUUAGUGUUAAUGAUGCAAAGAGUUUUUAGAGGAAAACUUCUGAGCAACGAUGAAGUCACAAUAAAAUAUAAAGAUGAAGAUGGAGAUCUUAUAACAAUUUUUGAUAGCUCAGAUCUUUCCUUUGCAAUUCAGUGCAGCAGGAUACUGAAGCUGACAUUGUUUGUUAACGGACAGCCGAGACCCCUAGAAUCCAAUCAGGUGAAAUACCUGCGUCGAGAGCUGAUAGAACUUCGCAAUAAAGUCAAUCGCCUACUGGACUGUUUAGAGCCACCCGCUGAACCAGGGGUGUCCACCAACCUACCUGAAAGUGAUGCUGUGGAUGGUAGGGAAGAAAAGCCUGCUGCUGCUGACUCCAAUGUUAAGCCAUCCACUCAAGUUAUAGCAGCAAGCAUGUCUGCAUUCGAUCCGCUAAAGAACCAGGAUGAAAUCAGCAAGAAUGUUAUGUCAGCAUUUGGCUUGACAGAUGAUCAGGUGGCAGGCCCACCCAGUGCCCCUGCAGAAGAACGAUCGGGAACACCAGACAGCAUCGCUUCCUCCUCUUCUGCAGCCCACCCCCCUGGUGUGCAGCCCCAGCAGGCGCCGUACCCAGGAGCACAGCCACAGACAGGUCAGCAGGUGGAAGAUGUACCAGCAGUACCAGCAGCCGGGUUACCCUGCCCAGCAGCCACAGGCGCAGCCACAGCAGCAGUAUGGCGUGCAGUACCCAGGAUUCCAGUCAAUGGAGAGGUUUCAUUGCGAGUAGCUGCAGCCGGCUACAGCCCGCAGCAGGCCGCCUCGCAGCCGACGCAGCAGUUCCCAGCCUACAGCCAGCAACCAGCUCCAGCUGCUGCCUUCCCAGGGCAGGGCCAGGCCCAGCAGCUGCCGGCGCAGCAGCCUCAGCAGUACCCAGCGGGCAGCUUCCCCCCGCAGCCCUACACCACGCAGGCCUCGCAGCCGGCCCCCUACAGCGGCCCGCCUGGUGCCCAGGCAGCACCUGGCACCUUCCAGCCAAGGCCCGGCUUCACCCCGCCACCCGGCAGCACCAUGACACCACCACCCAGUGGGCCCAACCCAUACGCCCGCACUCGGCCACCUUUCGGGCCCCAGGGCUACGCACAGCCCGGGCCUGGCUACCGGUAAGGGCUGAGUGCCCGCUGCUGGCUGCUGCGGCCUGACAGCCGUCCCCACCGAGAUCCAGAGCUGUCCCGAGGCAGAAGAGUCGCCGUAAGUGUUCAUUAGUUCUGCGGGGGGAGGGAAGGAGCGACCGAGCCGUUCAUGCUUUGAAUUGUAUCCGCUUCCUAGUUUAAUUUGGGGCUGGGGUGGUUUGGGAACACUACCUACGUGUCUGUCAAGUGAUCGACUGACAUCCUAGCUUGCCUCGUUCGAAGGAUAUUAAAAUGCUAGCUGGAAGUUUAGCCCACUAAUAACAUGAUUUACUAAAUUAGAUUAAUUUGGAGGUAAAAACUAGAUAUGAUGUAUUAUAAAUUGUAAUGCUCACAUGGAAAGCUAAUAAAAAAACCCUGAAUCUA